AAUAGCGCUGAAAUCAAAGAAAAUCAAUGUUAAUCUUCAAUGUUUCGAGUAAACCACUUAAACCGCACUCAAUUUUCCUCAACUAAUGUCUCCGUGUUCCUUAAGAACGUUCACGCGAGACUAUCGAUGCGAGGCGAUAGUGUUGCAGCAGAUUGUGGCCUCGGGGUGCGGUUGUGGUCGCAGCACGCACAGGCCCUCGUGGAAUGAUGCCGGACCGACAUGACUGGAGUGCGCGCGCGUACUCAAAAGGGGCCUCUUGGCGAGGCGUCGGGCCCUGACACGCCACACAUAUUAGAAACGAAUAUAAAUAUAUCGAGAGACUCGGCAGGCAUCGCGGCGCAAUAGUGGGGAUAGACGAACGCGUAUUGGUGGCAUGGAAGUUACACACAGUGCAGCGGCGUAACAACCUGAGUUCGAGAACGGGCCUUCGUUCUCCCUCCCUUGAGGCGGCUUUCUAGCAGCCGGCAGCCGCCCUUGCCCCGCACCUCUCCUGCUCCUAGCGGUCCCAUAGCAUGCUCAGUGUCCGCCCGGCCUCAGCACGCCCGAGUAGGAAGGACGAGAACGUCGCUUCUAGAAGCUUUUUAAUGCGAUCACUAUACUAUUGCCAAUUAACCGCGUGGACCUUUAAUCACCUUUUUCUCUCUCAUACAUUCGCAAGUUUUGUGUGUAUUUCAGCCUGAAGAUCAAUUAAAAUUAAGUGUAUCCAACGAGAAGAUUUUUGAUAAUUUGUGUUUGACAGUUAAUCGUUGUAUUCCACUUUUGUGAUACCAUUUUUUUGUAACAGGAUUAAAAUCAUUGUUUUAUGAGAAAUUAUUAGCAACUUUGGACCAUAUGGAUCCAGUGAUUAAGAUUGGGUUAAAGAUAUUUGAGAUUUCGAUUUAUCAGGCUGGUCUCGAAAUAGACUGACACGUCGCGUGUCAAAGCUUGUGAAACAAAUACGAUCGACUAGAGAGGAUGAUCGCAGUGAUCGGAAAUUGACGGUUAAGAGAGAUAACUAUGUGAAUCCCAAGCGACGAAGGAAGGAAAAUCGAUAGAUCGAGACGAGAAUCGGCGUGAAAUGUUAUCGUUCGCUCAAUUCCCUUUGUACAUUCGGCCACACUGCCGCGUAUUAAAACGUUAAUCUCCGGCUGUACUACCGGUUAUACGUACUCUUACAGAUUGCCUCUCCCUUACUCUUCUUCGUCUCUCUUUCGAUUCUGCACGUUCUAUCCUCUCUCUCUUCGCUUCACUCCUCUCUGUUGCUCCUUCCUCGCUUCGUCUUUGUCUCUUCCCUUGCUCUCCACUAGCUACUACCUUUCUUUUCUCCUUCCUUCCUCGCAGUACUCGCUUUCUUUAUCUCUCUGACUUGUCCUUGUCUUGGAGAGUGUCCUCUUGGUGUUCUUCAAGAGCGCGUGCCAACCGGAGAAACCAAAAAGAUGAUAUCCCGUCAUAUGAAUGCCAAUCUUAUCUUUUUGUCUUUGUCUUCCGUGAAACUGUAAAAUUGUAAUGGAAUAAAACAUAGAGAAAUAAGGAUAUCUUUUGACCUCGAUGGAGUAUUGGGUUGAUGAUGACAUGCACGGAAUCACCGAGUUUCACCUUUUGGCUUUGACAGUUUUUAGAUUCCGAACACGAUCCUGUCAACUUUUAAGACAGAACGAAGAAUGAAAGAAGAUUUAUCUUUUAUUGACGAAAAGAUCGAUUGCAUACUAAUUGCGACAUCAUUAACACGGGAAUACAAAAUGUUUGAUGUUAAAAGAUGAUAUCUUGAACUGAAGAUACAAAAAAAAAUAAAGAAAUUAAAUCCAUUAAUUAAUUAUAAUCGAAUUAUUACAAUGGACCAUAGAUAAUGCCCUUUACAAAUAUUAUAUCAAUCAGAUGAUACGAUUAUAUAGAUCAACUUCUACCUCGUAAAUAGAAAGUAAUGUCGAGUUUAGCGAGAAGACGGAAGACCUCGGUUCUGGGAUCGAAAAGAUGGUGGCAGGGUGGCUGCUGGGCGACCAGGAGCCACCAGGAAGCUUAUCUCCGUAAACUUUACGCCAGGAAGAACGAUCAAGUUAACAAAAUAGAUGAUGAAUCCGCCAUUCGAAGAGACCUAUCCACCAAUUGGACGUCUGGCGCUGUGUAUGAGUUGCCCUCUACCGACGAACAUUAUCUAGAUGCCUUUUUGAGAAAUCGUGAAGAUGGAAACGAGGAGGAUGAUGUGGUUGGAGUUGUCGUCGGUUGUCCAGCUUUGGCUGCGGCUAGAACUAGUCCCACGGAGAAGUGCGUGGAAUACUUGAACAAUGCUCAUGAUGUCGCGGCGUUUGAAAACGAACGCAGAAUUACGGGGGGAGAGCCAGUGGUAGCCGAUUGCGGUUCUGUGCAUUCGGGUUACGAUGUCGCUGUUUCUGCAGAAAAGGUGUGCAGAAGCUGCAGGUGUCCCAGGGAGGAACAUCAGCGGACUUCGACGGAGGCGGGUGGUCCCUCGGGACUCGGCCUCGGUCCUGGUCCGCCGAUGGCCAUGGCCAUGGCUUUCCAAAGUGGGGCCGCCGGUUCUUCUCAUCAGGAACCCUUCAAAAGUCCUGUGCAACCGGCUCCGCCGGGCCUCGCCCUUCAGGAGGCCCUGAUGCAUCAUCAGAGGCAUUCUCAGAGCGACGAUGACAGCGGAUGCGCCCUCGAAGAGUACACGUGGGUCCCGCCAGGUCUCAGGCCAGAUCAAGUACACCUGUACUUCAGUGCACUACCGGAAGACAAGAUCCCGUACGCGGGCAGCGCCGGCGAGCGGGAACGGGUGAAGCAACUGCUGCAACAACUCCCACCGCACGACAACGAGGCACGGUACUGCAGCGGGCUGACCGAGGAGGAGAAGCGGGAGCUUAGGGUGUUCGCCGCGCAGCGGAAACGCGAAGCGCUUGGGCGAUCCGCCCUCUGGCAUCCGGCCUGCUUCGUCUGUUGCGUAUGCAGGCAGCUGCUCGUCGACCUGAUAUACUUCUGGAAGGAUGGCAAGCUGUACUGUGGCAGGCAUCAUGCGGAAACGUUGAAGCCGAGAUGCUGUGCUUGUGACGAGAUUAUACUUGCCGACGAAUGCACAGAGGCGGAGGGGAGGGCGUGGCAUAUGAGGCACUUCGCGUGCCUUGAGUGCGAUCGGCAGCUUGGGGGUCAAAGGUACGUGAUGAGAGAAGGCAGACCUUACUGUCUCCGAUGUUUUGAUGCCUCCUUCGCCGAGUAUUGCGACAGUUGUGGCGAACCAAUUGGUGUCGAUCAAGGCCAAAUGUCGCACGAGGGUCAACAUUGGCACGCAACCGAGGCUUGCUUCUGUUGCGCCACUUGUCGCACAUCCCUUCUUGGACGACCAUUUCUUCCACGGAGAGGUGCCAUUUAUUGCAGUAUUGCCUGUAGCAAGGGGGAACUACCAACAACGCCAAGUGACUCUUCUGCUGGACCACCACCACCACCACCUUCCUUCCUUAGAACUGGCCGGAGACCACCACCUCCAAGCGAAGGUUCCUCAAGUCCACCACCCCCACCGCCACCUCCACCACCACCUGGAUCCAGACAUACACUCUGUUCACCACGUAGUUCACCUCGGAUGAAUAGAAAACAUCAUCAGACAUCUGCUUCUCUAGCGACAACACCUACGCAAAGCACUUUAAGUCCUGAAUUUCCGGUUGAAACAUUUCCUUCGAGCAGUUCCAGAUCAAAUGGUCUUGAUCGUGUAUUACUCGAGAGGAAUCUUGAAAGACUUCUUCAGGAACGUAGUUCUCAUCCAGAAGAAAAUCGUAAUGAAUUGGGAAGGUUGAUGCAAGCGAGAGAUCGUGAGCCAUUAAGAUGCAUUCAGAAUUGCGCUCCUUCCCACGCGUCAAGCAUGCCAGAGCUACCACCACCUCCUCGACCAUCAUCUGGAGCAUCAGUAUCGGCAUCAACGUCUACAUCGACCGGUGUUGUCGCGACCACGAUAUCCGGGGUUGUGCUAGAAUCGGCGACGUCGCCUACGACCCUCAUUGUCGGUCAAACCGACCCUCCGACACCAACAUCGCGGCGCGUGCGGUUUCAGGGCGAUUUAGACAUGAACGAUCACGCAGCAGGUUCCUCCCGUAUCCCCCUGUCACCUGAUAAUGAUAGGAAUUCAUCAUCUUCGCCCUCUCCUCCGCUUACAUCGCUAUCGAGAACAAACGUGUCCCGAUCGAGAAGCCUACAAUCGGAGGAAGUAGCUGACACAUCCGCUUGGGGUAUUGCUGGAAACUCAAAAUCGAGGAUAGAUGGCGAUGAAGAAGACAUUGAAUCCUGCUGUUCCACCUGUAGCUCGUCAAGUAGUUCUGACGAAGCUGCAGCUUAUGCUUUACCUCCAAGAAGAGCAUAUGGCGGUGUUAGAAUCUCUUACGUGCCCAAUGAUGCAGUGGCAUGUGCAAGGAAACGUACACCAACAUCCUCGACGUCGAAUCAAACGCAGAGAGAUACAGAUAAAUGCAUCGUGUCCUGAUGAUAUCCUCGAGAGUGUAGAAUUGUUUUUAUAUCAAUGUAUUGUCUCGAGGAAAAUUUUUUGUUUCGCGAUUAUGUGACGUGAGGAAUAGGUUUGUGCAAGUCUCGAAUCGAUGAACAAAGCGAAACAUGGACGAACACAAAUAAAAACAAGAGUUCCUAAAAUCGAUGUAAAACCGAGGUUUGCGAAAUUUUCCAUGGUCGAGACUCGACUUUGAGUGCGAACUAAAUUCCAGAGAGGAUUUUUAAUAUAUUCCUCGUGUACAUAGUAAAACGUGUAAAACGUACUUCCGAUACGAUCACUCGUGAAUACCAAACAAUCGCGAAGAUCGCGCUUCUCCUUCUAUUUUUAUUACCAUUGAAUGUAUUUUAUAAUUACGAUGACGAUAAUAUUAUAUUUUAUUACCAUUGCCAUUCCCAAUAAAUAACAUUUUUAACAAGUGCCGUGUUCUUCUACGAGAUUCGAUUGUUCUGUAACUUUUUCAGACAACGAUCUGUAAUAAGAGCAUUGGUCACAAAGACUCUACUCCACAUGAAGCAAUUACAAGUAUUUAACCGUGAUGCAACUGCAUGACGUUAUGCUAUAAGUACAAAUGAAGCGUUCGGAUCGAGAUGUAGACAAUCUGAAAAGUAUUCGCAAAAUAAAUUGAAACGAAGUCUAUGGAA